UGGGAAUAAAGUCGGGAGAAGAAGCGGAGAGAAACGUGACCGAGAUGGGGCAGUUAGCAGAGGGAGGAAGCGGAUAGGGAAGAGGAGAGGAAAAAGGAAAAAAAAAGGGAAAGAGAGAACAAAGAAAUCGCGAGUCGGGAGGCGGCUUGUGCUUCUUGGGCUGCGGGGGGAAAACUUGCGGGGCUGCCGGAGCAGCAGCAGACGGCUUUGUCUAAAAGGGCUUGCAAAAGCACCACCUAAUCCUGCUGCUCCCCUCCCAUGCUGAAGGGAAGGAGGGAUCCUGGGAGCCGAGAGGGGGAACUGCUGGGGACUGCGGCGGCCGGGGGGGGGGAGUGCCGAAGUUCCCCGCCGAGCGCUCGGGGCCGGUGCUGGGUGUGGGCGCCCGCAGCCCGGGGAAAGCGGGGAGGGGGGGGGGGGUCCGGGCGGCCCCUGCCCUCGGUGCCCAGCACGCUCGGGGAUUACUGGGCGUUUCGAGCCAACAGCAAAACUAGCAAGAUUUCAAAGUGAAAUUCCGGAGGAAAUUUAAAGAGCAUCCGGAUCCGGAGAAAGACAGAAAGAAAGAGGAAGGGAGAAAUAAAUCAAAACGUGGAGAGAAUCUCAGGCAGCUGAAGAAAGGACGGGAGAGAAGGAAGCUGACACCCGGCAGAGAUGGGGAAAUGAAUCACUGUGGAGGCAAAACCAAAAAGGAGCCUCAGUCCAGCUAGGAGACCUGAGAAGGAAGCUGUUGGAGGAGAGACGCAUACUAACUCCACUGGCCUGUAGUCUGUCUUACCCUUACUAACAAAUGUCAACAACUAGGGAGCAGCCAAUCUUCAGCACCAGGGCCCAUGUUUUCCAGAUCGACCCUGCCACCAAACGGAACUGGAUCCCUGCCAGCAAGCACGCUUUGACUGUCUCAUAUUUCUACGAUGCCACACGCAACGUGUACCGGAUCAUCAGUGUGGGGGGCACCAAGGCAAUCAUCAACAGCACUAUUACACCCAACAUGACCUUCACAAAGACGUCCCAGAAAUUUGGACAAUGGGCAGACAGCCGAGCCAACACGGUGUAUGGGUUGGGCUUUGCUUCGGAGCAACAUCUCUCCCAGUUUGCAGAGAAGUUCCAGGAAGUGAAAGAAGCAGCCCGUUUGGCGAGGGAGAAGUCCCAGGAUAAAACAGAGCUGACCAAUCCUGCCCUGAAUAUCACAUCUCACCAGGUACUUCCCAGCCCCAUCAUCAGCUCCAAUGGGCCAGGAGAAGAUAAACUAUUCCGGAGCCAAAGUGCCGAUGUUGAGAUAACAACAGAGAAGGAGCGGCUGAAGAAGAUGCUUUCAGAAGGUUCGGUGAGCGAGGUCCAGUGGGAGGCUGAAUUCUUCAGCCUCCAGGACAACAACAACAAGCUAGUGGCUGCUCUCCAUGAAGCCAACGCCAACGUGGACCAGUGGAAGAAGCAGCUGGCUGCUUAUCAGGAGGAGACGGAAACGCUGCGGCAGCGGGUAGCAGAACUGGAGUCACAGGGAGCUCACGAUUCCUCCAGUGAGAACAACAAGGAAGAGCUGAGCCAAACCCUGGAGGAGCUGGAACUACUGAUCAAGGCUAAAGACGAGGAGAUUCAGAUGCUAAAGAGCCAAAAGUGUGGCCGAUGGGAAGCAGAGGGUGAGCGUGAGGAGAUACUGCAGAAGCUGCAGGAGUUGGAGGCACGCAACGCAGAGCUGGAGCGGCGCCUUCAUUUGGCUGAGCAGACGCUGGCGGAGACCCUAGCUGAGAGAGAGAAGAUCCAGAACGAGGUCACCAAGGUGGCAGAGAUAAUGGAUGUGAAGAUAUUUGAGCUCAGUGAGAUCCGGCAGGGACUAGCCAAGCUGGUCGAGAGCAACUGAGCAGCAGCACACUCAUAGGAGACACCUCCAGAGGAGGGGAGCCCAAGCUGGGACUGGUCACUGACAGCAAUUACGGUCACAGAACAGCCUCGAGGUCUGUUCGGGCAGGAUAUGCCAACAUACCAGCAGCUGCCUGGACAGUGUGGAGACCAGCCGCAGCCACUUACUGCCCACUGAACACCCAGACAGAGGGCAGAGAGGACCUGAGCUCCUGAAUCCUCUCCAGUGAGCAUCUACAAGUCACAGCCAGACUUCUCUGGACCCUGCCAUGGCUGUGGCAUGGUCCAGAGACAGCAGCUGUCCCCAUGCUGCCUUCCCAGCCUCCCUGCUGCCACACUGUGUCUCCAACGUUUUUACAGUUUUCUAGGGGAAGGGGCUGUGCAGCCUUCGCGUUUUUUCAGUAGUUUUUUAGGAAACCACUUGCCUUUUUGCAAAUAAGCUGCCUGUUUUCUCACCUAGGGAGGGAGGAGAAGUUCUAGCACACUGAGGACAGCAGUUGCUCCUUUUCCUCUUCCCCGGCCCUAACUACAUUGUGUCUUUCUACCAGGAUCCAGUAACACUGGUCACUGUCAGGAGCUUCCAGAGGUAGCAGAGUCCCCACUGCAGAGAAGGGUUCUUGUCUGACCGAGUGUCCUUUCCACUGUUCAGUCAUGUCCUCCAGAGGAAAAAGAACUGCAGGUUUUAAAGCUCUUAUUAGUUUAACACAGUGGGAUAUAAUGACUUGUUAAAACUUUAAGCUGAGAAGAGCAGAGGCUUGGUUGGGAAAGGGGCAUUUGAGAAAUGGGACAUCCCUGAGGGGAUGGCCAACAAACUGCUAGAUUGGCAUCUCUCCUGGCCUCUAAGGGCUGCAGUUAAUUGAAAUUAAAUGGAGCAAGUCGCA